GUGAUAUUUUGUCAUUUGGGGGGGGGGACCUCCCUAUGAGCACGUGUUGCGAAAAGCAGCUUUCCGAGUGUCGUUUAGUGUGAGCGGGGCCGGGAUGGCUAAAGCCGCGGGGAGGCGGAUUUGUGUUGUCACGUUCGGUUGCGGCGUCCUCUGCCGGUUCCCUCGCUGUUAAAUGUGUCGGCGCUGCUUUAAAUCUCGGAUGUGUUCAUAAAGUGGUGGCGGGGGGGUCGUUAAUGUUGACGGCUCACCGUUAAGAACAUUAUCUGUAAUCUGACAUCUCACACAUGACGUAUGUUCAAAUGUGCUCUACUGUGUACCGACACAGCUCCGACACCCCCCCCCCCCCACCCCCAACCCCUUUUCUUCCACACAUUAUAAAUUGUAACCCGGUGAGACCAAAUUCUUAUCGCGCCAAGGCACCAAUUUUACACAACAAAAUACUAUCCUUAAAAAUAUGCCUGUAUGAUUUAAAGCCGCGGUGACAUGCACACUUUUGAUAUCAACGCUGCAAUUACUUAAAUUAAUUAAAAAUGAUUGUCGUGUAUUUGAAAGUAGAAUACUACAGAACGGUACUUAAAUGCAAGCUAAGAAUGAUGUGCCUGGAUGUACAGUAAAGCCUCGGUUCUCGAACGUCCCCGUUUUCGAACAAAUCGGUGUCCGAGCGAAAAUUUUGAGGGUUUUUUUUUUUCUAGUUUUGAAACGAAAAUCGGUACUCGACCCCCCCCACACACACACACACACACAACCCGGAAAUAACAUAUUGGGCGCGGACCAGACCGACGGACCCACGACACGCUUUGUUGUGAACUCCCACACUGCUGAAAAUUUUAAACUAUACAUGUAUUUCUACUAUGCCGUUUAUUUUCAGGAAAAUCCUUAAAAAAAUACUUUUAAUAAGCCAAAAGUUUUAGGCUUGGAACGCAUUAUUUCUUUUUACAUUCAUUGUAGUGGGGAAACAUCGAUUCGGUUUUCGAACAAAUCACUUCUCGAGCCGUUUUCUGGAACGGAUUGCGAUCGACAACCGAGGCAUCACUGUACUUUGUUUUUCUAGUGUCCGUGUCCCACAAGUGGUACUUGAGUCUUAGCAGACUUUCAGAAUCAUUCUUCCAAUGCUCUGCGUUACGGCCGACCGAUUCUGGACCGUGUUUUCAUGUUUUGUCUGACACCUUCUGAAUUUGGUUCUGACACAUGACCUCAUGUUUUAUAAUGUGUUUUGUCAGUUCUACUGCACGUUGCGACCCGUAUUCUAACACGUUAUGCGCCAGAUUCUAUUUGUAGUUCUUCUUAACUGAGUUCCGACCCGUGUUUUCACGUGUCCUGACAAUAUGUUUUGGCCCAUGAUGGCAAACAGGACACGUUCCGAUAUGUUCUUGCACCAGGCCCGUAUCAUCCCUACUCGGACCUUUCUUUUCAAAUAUUUCAACUUGUUUUGGCCCAUUUUUUUUUUUGGUAUCACAGGACAACACACUGUUUGUUAUGGCCCGUAUGAUGAAAAUGUUUUCUUAUAAAGUUCCCAUCCUUGUUCCUCUGACCCGUUUUAACACGUCUGUUCUCUUUCAUCCAGUAUGCAUAUUCGGACACGUCCUUUUAGCUGGCCCGUUUUUACUAAUAUUCUAACAAAUGUUAAAAGAAGUUUUCUCGUACAAAUGCUCUGGCCACAUUUUGUCCCCUGUUCUGACCCGAUGUCUUCCGCCAUGGUUUUGUAUCCAGUAACAUGAAUGUCCUGAGUCUUCCAUAAGUUUUUUUUUUUUUUACAUUUUCUGACCCCUGUUGUUUGUUGUUCUGGCCCGUUUUCAUGUGUUGUAAUCCUUGUUAGUACCCAUAAUACGACCCACGUUGUCCGAUAUUCUGAUCCCUGUCCUGACCCUUUUUGUUCCGCCAGAGCUUCUAGGUUCUGACCCAUGUUUUCAUAGAUUUUAACAGUCACGUAUCUGAUUCAGUUUCCAGCGCCUCCCUCCUGGUCUCCCUCCCUCCUCCUCCUCCUCGACCGGGCGGGAUGUUCCCGUCCUCGUCCAGAAGCUCGACGUUCUCGCCCUGGUCGUCCAUGGAGCAGUCGGAUUCGGAAGCGUUGGACAUCAGCGCCAAGGUGCAGCUGCACGGCGUCCUAUGGAAGCGACCCUUUGGGCGGCCCUCAGCCAAGUGGUCCCGCAGAUUCUUCGUGAUCAAAGACAGCUUUUUGCUCUACUACGGCGAGAGCGAGAAAAGGAGUUUUGAGAGCAGCAGGAUCUUCAACAUCCACCCCAAGGGAGUGAUCCCGCUUGGGGGGUGCGUGGUGUCGGCCACGGAGGACAUGGGGAUGCCCUUUGGCCUCGUCAUCAGCCUGGAAGACUUCUCAGGCACCAUCGUGGUGGCCGCAGAGUCCGAGGACGAGCAGCUGCAUUGGAUGGAGAUGCUGCAGGAGUCGGGCAAAGUCACGUGGAAAAACGCUCAGCUGGGUGAGGCCAUGAUCGAAAGUCUGGAGGCGCAGGGGCUUCAGCUGGCCAAGGAGAAGCAGGAGUACUUGGAUAAGCUGAUGGAGGAGACGGAGGAGCUCACGCACCAGCGAGCGCAGAGAGAAGAACUGGAACGUCUCAAUCAGGUUCUUGAGGAGGAGAAGAUGAAGUAUGAGGAAGUUGUGCUGGAGCUCAAGGCCGAGCAGGAGCAGAUCAAACUCGACCUGGACGGCACGGCUCAGUCUCUGCGCGGCGUCGAGACGGAGAAGGAGGAGCUGAGCGGCCUGACCGUCAUGCUGCAGAAGUCCAUCGAGCAACUCUCCCUGGAGAAACGGAGAACUCUAAAGCUGCUGGGGGCCAAGGGGGAGGAGGAGGAGGAGGAGGAGGAGGGUGAUGAUGAUGAUGAUGAUGAUAACUAUAAUAAUGAUGAGGAGGAGGAGGAAGAGGAAGCGGUUGAGGGCAGGAAGGAGCAGGGGAACCUGGACCUCCUGCAGGAUCUGCACCACAUUGAGGAGCAGAUGAAGCUGCUGCUGAAAGAGAAGGAGCAGGCGGACGAGAAGCUGCGCGAGAACCAGCAGCGGGCCGAGGUCCUGCAGCAGGAGCGAGAGUUCUACUCGUCGCAGGCCAACACGCUGCAGCAGUCGCUCUCUCAGCUCACCGCAGACAAGAGGCAGACGGAGGCCGAGCUGCAGGCAGAGAUCGAGUCUCGCGUGGAGCUGGAGAAGAGGCUGAAGCAGGCCGAGGAGGCCCUGCAGGAUCUGGAAAAAGGCCUGGACUCUCUGGAUCGCAGCAGCGAGCGAGACCAGAGGAUGAGAGGCGACGUCACCCAGCUGAGGCGGUUCUUCGAGGAGUGCAUCUGCGCCGCCGAGAUCGAAGCCAAGCUGCCGGCCAUCAUGAAAAACGCCGUCUACCUCCACAAGGCGGCGGCGCGCAGGAUCAAGAGCUGCCGGGUCCAGAGGAGAGCCUCUCGGCGACACUGGCUGAAACACUCCAAGUCUUUCGCCACGGCGAGCCUGGAUGCGGGCGGCGCGGGCGGCAGCAUGGAGGAGUUGCGGGAGACGGCGCGCCGCCUCACCUCCGACAGCGGCUUCCGGGAGAGCGUCUACAAGAUCAUCGCGCGCAAGGACGCCGCCACCAGCUUCGACCAAGACUGACGCCGGGCGGGCUGCUUCCCCCGCGUGGUGGUAGAGGUGACCGUGUUUGUUAAGAGCCCAGGGGAAGCACACCUGUGAGCUCGGAACGUUAAUAACCAACAUGGCCCACGGUUAGCGUUAUUAGGGUUACAAUGUAGCGGUUUAUUCUAGUAGUUAUGCUACUGGGGGUGUGAGUGCCCCUGGAAGUUUAGAGAAAAGAAAAUUGCCCCCUAACAUCGGUUUGACUGAUUGACGUGAAUUUAGGUGGACGUAAAAAAAAAAAAAAAAAAAAAAAAGAAGCUCGUCUGAAAUUGAACAGGAAGUCGGCUAUUUUGGUCUGAAGCAGUCAUUUCGACCGAAUUCGAGGGCUCGCGCUCGGGAAUUGGUCCCAGAUGAGCCCCAAUCAGAAACAGGUGCCCCGGAAAGUCCGCCGAGAAGCCCGUUUGCCGGCGCUGUCUUGCGUGGGCAUAACAUGCCAUCGAAGUUUGAAGAUCAUUUCGAUGAUUGGCCGUGAAAAGGGGGGCGGAGCUUUGAGUGCGCUGAUAACUAGUUUCGUGGAUCCUCCACUUCCUGUUUUCUUGCCGUGUAUAAAAACUACAUUUAUCCCACUAUCUAAGAUCCCUGACUUGUUGGUGGUGACAUGAACCCUUCAUUUGAGGAUUUAUGUUACCAUCAAUUUUUUUUUUGUCAGAUCUUGUACAGUUUUGAUUAAACGCGAACCAAAAUGUUCUCUUGUUUUUGUUGUUGUUGGCAUAAUUUCACAAAUGACAUAAUAUGCUAAGAAAAAUAUGGAACGUAGCGUCCAACGUGUUCGGGGUCAAGACGGGAUAUUUGGGUCUGAAAUGGAAAUUACAGAUGAGACGAGGCGAAAUCCAUCAUCAAAGAAAAACAUUGUUUUAUUCUGCAUUUGAUUGUUUUCUUGCCGCGUCCUGUUUUGAAUUGAAUUGUCGCCACUCUUGACAAACAUGGAAAGAAGGAAGGGUUGGGCGCCUGGGGACAGAAAAAAAGGAACUCCCUUGAUGCUAAUAAAGUUGUAUUUUGAUCUUCCCACACCCAAAAAAAACCAUUAUUAACGUCUUUCAUUUGCGUUUGUGCAAUUUGAGUGUUCUUCACGGGUUUCA